AUGGCACGUAGGGUGAACAUGAUCUCGGAAAUAAAUGAUAGUAUAUCAACUUUGAAGCUACAAGUCAGAGUAAUGAGUCUUUGGGAAGUCAUGAAGUUCGAAAAUAAUGCUGAAGUCCAAUCUCUCGAGAUGCUGCUCAUUGAUGAAGAGGGAGAUAAAAUUCAAGCAACUGCUAAUGACUCACACAUUAACAAGUAUCGGUCAAGCAUCAUUGAAGGAAAUUGUUACCUGAUUGGAAACCUGACAGUUUCGAAGAACAAUGGAAGAUAUAAGGUUACUAGACACAACUUCAGACUGUUUUUCCAGAAUACCACAGCCAUGAAGGAAGUCAACUCUGAAAAGAUUCCCAAGAGUAAAUUCGAUUGGGCUUCAUUCACCGAUAUUGGGAGUGGAGCCAUUAAUAGAGACUGGAUUAUAGACAUCAUUGCAAGAGUGGUGAAUAUUAACAAUGAUAAGUAUGUUCAUCGAAGUGGAAAUCCAACAAGAAAGAUAGAAGUUGAAUUAGAAGAUGAAAGAAAAUCUAGAAUGAAUUGCACAUUAUGGGGGAGAUAUGCUGAAGAUAUAUGUUCAGAGUUGGAUAAAAGUGUAGAUAAUUGCUUGGUUAUUGCAUUACAUCUCGCUAUCAUACGAGAUGUGAAGGGGAACCUUGAGUUAUCCAACUCCAUGUACGGAACUAAGUUGUACAUAAAUCCUGAUUGGGAGGAAGCGAAGGAGUUGAAAAAUAGAACAUAUCCUGUAGAUGGGGCUCUAUCUCUUAAAUCCACACAACUUUCUGCAAGCUCUAAACAAACACCUGAAGAAGAUUGGUUGAGCCUAACUAAUAGAAAGACCAUUGCAGAUCUUAAAACAACAAGAGAGGUUGGAACUUGGAAUGUUCUAGGAACAGUUCAUAAACUGGUGACAAAUUAUGGCUGGUCAUAUUCAGGGUGCUCUAAAUGCACCAAGAAAAUUGACUAUGAGAAUAAUAUUGCCAAGUGUAAAAACUGCAAAGGAACUGUUUUUGCCGUUCCAAGGUGA